AUGAUAAGGUCAGCACUGAGCAACUGGCGGGAGUAUUUGACGCCAGUUUCUCAUAAAUCUACGUUUUUGACUACUGGUCAAAUAACACCUGAAGAGUUUGUUCAAGCAGGAGACUACCUGUGCCAUAUGUUUCCAACCUGGAAGUGGAACGAUAUGGCAGAUGAUAAUAAAUAUAGGGACUUUCUUCCCAAAGACAAGCAGUUUCUUGUCAUAAGAAAAGUACCUUGUUCAGAGCGUGCGCAAGCUGUGGUUACUAUGGAUGAAAUCGAGAACGGAACCUCGACUGAUGCUUUCAGUGCUGCUGACGAUGAAGAUAAUGACGAUGACUCAAUAGAGAUUAUCCCUGUGAGUAAGAGUAGUUCAGGAGCUGACAAUGAUGUCAAUGAUAUAGAUGAAUUGAUGGAAGAGAUGGAGCUCGAAGAAGAUGAUGAUAUUGUCGCAAAUAAGACCAAUGAGAUGCUUAGAUACUACGACUUAUUUAUAACUUAUUCCACGUCUUAUAGGGUGCCUAAGAUGUACAUUGUAGGUUUUAACGGAAAUGGUACACCCUUGACCCCAAAGGAAAUGUUUGAAGAUAUAACGCCUGACUAUCGAAAAAAGACCGCUACGAUAGAGAAGCUACCCUUUUAUAAGAGAAAUGUUCCCAGUGUAUCUAUUCACCCCUGUAAACAUGCAAACGUAAUGAAAGUUCUAUUGGACAAGAUUAGUGUAGUUAAAGAAAGGCAAAGAGAAGAAGAAAUGCAAAAGAAUGCUGAAGUUGGUGCACCAAAAUCUGCUGGUUCUGAUGAUGGCGACAACGAAAACUGGGAAGAUUUACAGCAAGAUAUCGAUGAUUCACUACGAGUAGACUUAUAUUUGGUUGUUUUUUUGAAGUUCAUAACCAGUGUUACUCCCACAAUCCAGCAUGACUACACUAUGGAAGGCUGGUAG